AUGAAGUUGGAGUUGCCAUGGGUUGAAAAGUACAGACCACAUACUUUAGAUGAUAUUGUCGGUAACGAAGAUACAAUUGCUAGAUUGAAACAGAUCGCCAUACAUGGUAAUAUGCCAAACAUGAUAAUUAGCGGGUUACCAGGGAUAGGGAAAACUACCUCCAUCCAUUGUUUGGCCAGAGAAUUACUGGGUCCAGAUUUGAUCAGUCAAGGGUCUGCAGUGUUGGAAUUGAAUGCGUCUGAUGAUCGUGGGAUUGAUAUUGUUAGAAAUCAAAUUAAACAAUUUGCCCAAAAGAAAAUUCAUUUACCGCAGGGGAGACACAAGAUUAUCAUUCUUGAUGAAGCAGACUCGAUGACCGCAGGUGCACAACAAGCUUUGAGACGUACCAUGGAAUUAUAUUCUAAUUCUACUAGAUUCGCAUUUGCUUGCAAUCAAUCAAAUAAAAUUAUUGAACCUUUACAGAGUAGAUGUGCAAUCCUACGUUACAAUAAAUUGAAUGAUGAGCAAGUCUUGAAGCGAUUGAUGCAAAUCAUUGAAUUGGAGAACGUCAAGUAUACAAACGAUGGGUUAGAAGCAUUGAUCUUCACUGCAGAAGGUGAUAUGAGACAAGCUAUAAAUAAUCUACAAAGUACUGUAGCUGGGUAUGGUCUUGUCAAUGGUGAAAAUGUUUUUAAAAUUGUGGAUUCACCACAUCCGUUGAUAGUUAAAAGAAUGCUAACUUCAAAUUCCUUAGACGAAUCUAUCACUAUCUUAAAACAUGAACUUUGGGAUAAAGGCUAUUCUGCUGUGGAUAUUGUAACAACAUGUUUCAGAGUCACUAAAACUCUGUAUGAAAUUAAAGAAUCAUUACGUCUUGAAAUGAUCAGGGAGAUUGGGAUAACUCAUAUGAGGAUCCUGGAAGGUGUUGGGACCUAUUUGCAACUGAAUAGUAUGUUAGCUAAAUUAUAUAAUUUACAGAAAAAUAUAUAA